AUGCAAUCCAAUGUAAGGCCUAUAAAAACAAAAUUGUUUGUCCAACAACUGAAGGGUUCGCUCGACGGUUGGCCGCUAGAAACAACUGUUGGCAUCUUAGUAGCUAAUGGGGCUAAUCGUUUUACUAAAGAUGCCGUUUCAGCGGCUCAAUCGUCGAGGUAUCAUAUUAUCCUCGUUGGCAUAAAUGAUCUCAUUAAAACAAUAAGAGAUUAUCAGCCCCAACGACCAGUUCAGCCCCUGGAAAAAGAAAUAGAAGAAACUCAUUCAGAAGUUCAGCAAGUAAGAUCAGAAAUAGCUGAACUUCGAGAUCUUCUAAUUUCUUUUUCAAAAAAUAAAUAA